UUUCGUAGAGGUACGUCCGACGAGCGUCGGAUAACUAUGUACUAUUUCAAUGAUGUCAUCUUGCGGUUCGUCUAAUUAAUAAAGUAUAGGCAAAAGUUUUGUGUUUCAUUAACAUCGUCAUGCUUCUAGUCAACAAGAUGUUGGCUGGUCAGACACCGAAAAUGGAUAUUCGGUUGUUCGUUCUAUUACUUCUUCAUGCGUUCUUCCAUGAACAUGUAAACGCUGAACACUUGAAACUGUGCGUGGUUGAAAGCGUUCACACGUCAAAAAGGAUCAGUAGACUAUGCCCGCAAUUGGUAACCUCAGGGAGUCAGGUAGAGUGUGUUAUAGGAAACGAUAGAUUCAAUUGCCUGCGACGAUUGACUAUGGCCAAUGCCGAUUUUGCCGUGUUGGAACCAGAAGAUCUCGUCGCGGCAUCCGCGUACAACGAAUACAAUAUUCUAGUCACGAACGAGCUAAGAUUAUUCCCAGAUGAAAAGCAGCGUUACGAGAUGGUAGUUUUGGUUCACAAGGACGUGAAUAACAUAUGGGACGUUAAGAGUAAAAUCUUUUGCCAUCCUGGACUCGAUAACACCGAUGAUUGGACCAAUGCUUUCUCUACGUACUUCGAAAAGUGGGUAAUACUGAAACAAUGCGAUCCAGAGAAGACAUUGAUGGAGAACAGAAUGACCGGCUUAUCUGAUUUCUUUGACGCGGCGUGUAUCGCUGGUCCCUGGUCCGCGGACUCUGUAUUCGAUAGCAAAUUAAAAUCAAAGUACAGGAAUCUUUGUGCCGCAUGCGACAAAUCUGUUGGCUGUUAUUCUAGUGAUAAAUAUCACGGUCGAGAGGGGGCCUUGUUAUGUCUCACCGACAACGCAGGUGACAUAGCAUGGGUCAGAUUAAACGAUACUCUAGAACAUUUCAAGGAUGAACGAAUUAACAAGGAAAAUUACAAUUACCUUUGUCCCGAUGGUACCACGAGGCCGGUAAAGUUCGACAAACCCUGUGUGUGGAUAACGAAACCAUGGCCAGUGAUUGUUGCUAGAUCAGAGAUAGCGGAAAAGGUUGAGAAGUUGAUGGGCUCCCUGGAGACGGAGAAGUACGGUUGGAUACUUCGCGACUUAUUAGAGGACUAUCAUCCGACGCCGGUGAGCACAGAUACUCUGGAAACGCCGGAGGACUUCCUAAUCAGAUUUCCUCGAUUCAUGAGCGCCAACAACCAUGCAACGUGCCAUCCAUCGAGAAGAGUACGAUGGUGCGUAGCGUCUAACCUAGAAGAGAAAAAAUGCCGAUGGCUUAGAGAAGCUGCUAUCGUUUACGGCGUGGAACCAGCAAUUUCCUGCAUCCAAGAGCCGACGAGAGCAUCGUGUAUGAAGGCUUUGAAGACUCAGCGAGCGGAUAUAUUUGUCGCCAGGCCGGAAGAGCUAUUCGAGGCCAGAAAAAUGGGUCUUAAAACGAUCGUACAAGCAACACCCAAGAAGAAUAACCAGUUUGUCAGAAUCGCGGCAGUGGUCAAACAGGAUUCAUGGUUCAAGAGUUUGAAAGACCUGAAGGGAGCUAAGGCAUGCUUCACGGGAUACAGAGAUGUCGGAUGGAACGCCUUCGUGACUGCUCUGAAGAAUAUCUCAGAUUCGAAGUCCGGUUGUUCGGAUGCGAGCAUGGUUGGAAAAUUUUUCGAAAAGAGCUCUAUCCUUGGUUUGAGCGACAAUAACGAGCAAAUGCCAGAUAAUUUUCACUCUUUACCUAAACCUAUACAAACAAAUAAAGCUGGAAUCGAUUUGAGUGCUCUUUACUGUAUGAUGUCCGGUCUUGGAGAUGUGGCUUUUGUCGACCUGAAGAAUAUCGAUGGGAAGACUGGAAGUUCAACGCAAAAUAGCAACAAUCAGGCGAGAAAAAAAGAUUAUCGAACGCUAUGCUUCAAUGAAAUGGAUACCGAUGAAGUGUGUUUACUUGCAUGGGCCCCAUUGAGCGCGGUGAUAGCUCAUGAAAAUAUAACAGACUUACGACGGGAAGAGAUUUACACGAUGCUGUUGGAAAUGGAUAAACUUUUCGGGAACAGCUUCAAGGGUCAAACGCCUGUGUUUUCAAUGUAUGGAAUAUACGAUACGAAUCAUAGCAUCAUAUUUCCGGAAGAAACGCAACAUUUACAAAUCGAGGUUCAUCAGAUACAACGGGUACCAAGUUACACCAAUAUUGUUGACGAUCUUGCAAAUCAAACUCAUUGCAAUGGCGCGAAAAGUUUAGAUUUCUAUUGCAAUAUGAUUUACAGCCUCGUUUUUGUUGUAUUUUUAAAUAUAGUGCUGAAUAAAUAAGAAUAAAUAUUCUUCUUUCAUUUUCUAAAUGUAUAGAGAUCUUAACAUAUCUAUAUUUGGAUAAAGUGAUACUUAGAUUAAUAAAAAUUUGUUUCAGAGUAAUAUUUUUAUUAAUAGUAUAUUGUUUAAAUGUCUCGUUAUAUUAUAAAAUGAUCGUUUGUAUAUAAUUUAUGGACGGCUUCAUUUUUGUGAAUGAUCGUGAAGAAUGUGCAUAGUAAAUAACACUACUUUUGUACAAAUGGUGAUUGUUACUAAUUGCAAACAAAUGCAAUAAUUAAAAAUUAUUUUAAAUUUA